GCGCUGCGCUGUAGACUAUAGGUGCGACUCCUUCCCAGCCGGUGCACCUGUUGUGUUAAUGUGCCAUGUCGAAGGAGCUCGUAACGUGCGAGUUAAUAUGCUCACCUACAUCGAGUGAACAAGGGGGUACUUUGAAAAGCAAGGGGAUGGAUUGUGAGCAGCCUAUUUUCUCGGUAUUGAGCGGCGGUGUGAAGAUGGAGGUGGGGGGGAAGUCCUGUGACGGUGGCGGUGGUGGAGCGGCCUCACCGGCUGCGACCAUCUCUGACACCGAGUCCGGGAUCUUUUCCGGUGAAUGUGAACUCUGUGUGGAGCACGAGUCUGAGCUGGACUGGUUCUGUGCCACCGAGCAGAAACUCAUCUGCUCUCACUGCGCCAUCGUGGGCUCCUGCCACGGACACACUGUGACCCCUCUGGCCACCAGAGUUACCACAGUCAGGAACCAACUGGUGGAUGUGUGUGAGAAAAUGCAACUGAAGGCGCUGAGGAUUGAAAGGUUUAUUGACCAGACGCUGACAACCAAGGAGCAAAAGCUUCAGGCAGCGGCGAGGAGGGCGAGGGAGACGGUGCUGGCUCAGGUCAGCGCGGCGCGUGAAGCCCUGGAGGAGGAGGAGCAGCGUCUCUUAGAGGAGGUGCACAGAGAGGAGGAGCGGGUGGAGCAGUGUCUCCUCACCCAGAGAGCCCACUGGAGCCAGGCUUUGGCGAGUCUUUCACAAACACGCUCGCGUCUGGUGCACACGCUGACGCACACUCCAGAUGCACAGCUGGUGACUAGUGUCCAGGACAUAGCUGAAAGGGUGGAGGAGGCAGAGGGGGUCGGGGAGCCCUGUGAUACGGAGCAGCUCAACCUGAACCCGGGCUGCAGUGACAGCAAGCUGCUGAGAGGUCUGUGGGCCACUGCAGUGCUGCUCGGGCCAAACGCCUAUGGAUCGCCUUAUUUAAAGUUUGACGAGCGCACUCUGAGUCCUCUGCUGUCCCUGUCUGACGACUUCUGCACUUUGACCUUCCUCUACAAAAAAGUCCGCAAGUCCCCUCCCUACGACCCAGCACGAUUCGACUGUUGGCCCAACGCGCUGGGUUCACUGUCUAUGUCCUCCGGCACCAACAGCUGGGUGGUGGAUGUAGGCCAGAGCGGUGCCUUUAAGGUCGGGGUCUGCUAUGCCUCUCUGGAACGCAAAGGCUCAGGGAAUGAGGCGCGGCUGGGCUACAACACUCAGUCCUGGGUGUUGUCUCACUAUGAUGGGGACUACUCCUUUGUCCAUGCAGGGAAGAAGGUGCCUCUGCAGGUGGUGAGGACACCCAAGAAGAUCGGCCUGCUGCUGGACUGGCCGAGUCAGACACUGCUGUUUUACGAGCCAGACUCUGGUGCCGUGCUGUACUCUGUCACGCAACACUUUAGUGCCCCGCUGCUGCCGGCGUGUGCUGUGACUGACCGCAGUAUCACCAUACUGCACUGACAGGCAGUCCACACAGCCAAAAGCUAAAUUACCUUAAACAUGUGAAGAAAUGCAAGGGAGAGACUUUCUCUAAUGCAAAUAUGACCAGCAGUUAAACAUCGUCCAUCUGUGCAAUAAUGAAAACUCCAGACACAGCAUCAGUUUACUCUAUUUACUGUGGUAGCUGGUUCUUUUUUUUUUUACUGUUUUUAAUGAUCUAAAAUUCAUUAUCUGUUGAGCAUAUUACACAGUAGUUGUGCUAUUUUGACUGACAAUGAUUGUUUUUAUGGAGUUUGUGUUUGUUUUAAUAUGAUUGUUUGUAUAAUUAGUUUGAUCUGUGUGAUGAAGCUUCUCCAAGAAUUGUUAUAGAAAGUAUUAAUUACACUGGUCGAUCCAGGACUAUUGUAAAUCUUAUGUGGCAAAUACUUAGUAAAACAAUUAUUAUGAGUUGACUGUUUUAUUUCAAAAGCACAAUUAUUUUGUAAUUUUUCCCUGCAAUAAUACAAAAACACAAAACUGUAACUGUCAUUUCAAUUUCUUCUUAUUUUUAUAUUUGGGGCAGCUUAUACGCCCAACUGCUCCAGUGGGCAACAACUAGGGAGCUUGCAGAUGUAAAUGAGUGUGAACAGGAUGUUCCUAAAAAAAACCAUUUUGAGUCCAUAUUUGACAAAGAAUCAUUUUAGGAAAUGAGGUCAUAAUAUAAAUUUUGGGGGAGAAACAGAUUUCUACACCGCUGCUAUUUCUCAGUAGUUUAUGCAUGAACCCACUAGAGGGCAGCAAUGUCAAAUGAAGCCUUGAACAGUGCUGCUCUUGAAUAUGCAUCAUGUCAGAUCAGUGAAGUAAUCGAGUGAAAAUGUAAUUCCAGGACCAAUCGAAAGUUCAGGGUACUGACUACAAUAUGAGAAAAACUCAGCAAACCCUUAAACUGAGCACAUGUGUGGUACCUGCUGAAUGAAUGUGCGUGUGAUUUUAAAUAACAAAAUGACAUAUUUGAUAUCAGUAGGAGACAGAGGCUGGAUAUACUUCUAUUUGAUUUAGGCACAAAUUAAAGUGACUUUGUUCCUCUCAUACCAGAUUAAACACGUGAGAAGAGGGUAGUAGAGGGUGAGGCAAAACUGAGGGGAAAUUAAAAACUAUGCAGUAGUGGCUUCA